AGGCGAGAGAGGGAGAGAGGUAGAGAGGCAGAGAGGGAGAGAGGUAGAGAGGCAGAGAUAAGAGGCAAAGAGGAUGAGAGACAAAGAUGGGAGGCACACGAGAGAAGAGAGGCCAAGAUGAGAGGGGUAGAGAGGGAGAUGGGAGGGCGAAGCGAGAGACGGAGAGAAUAUCAAAAGAGAGGAGAAUUUUAUUUUGAAAAGCAAGAGACAU